AGUCCCUUGCUUACGUCACACGGUUUGGGCGGCUGGCUGGCGAUGGGUCGGCUGCGCGGCCUGCAGCCUCAGUUGGAGCUGGCGAUGGACUUCAGGGCGGUCGUGGUGUCGGCGGCGCUGCUGGUCGCCGUCUCUGUUCAGGGACUUCAACAACCCAGGGUGUACAAACUGCAUGUGUCGUCCGAGGUCCGCAACCGUUAUGCUAAAACGCUUAUUACCAGCAAGAUUGGCAACCCUGCAAAUCAAGCACAAGAAGUAUCUUUCGACGCUGUGCUGCCUGAGAACGCUUUUAUCUCCCGCUUCGUUAUAGAGAUGGACGGCGUGGCGUAUGAGGCGUUCGUGCGAGGCAAAGAGGAGGCCCGCCAGCAGUACCAGGCAGCGGUGGCGGAAGGCCGCGGCGCGGCACACGUCGCUCUCAGUGCACGCGAUUCCAAAGUGGUACACGUGUGGGUGAAUGUUGAGGCGCAGAAAAAAGUAACCUUCAACCUGACAUAUGAGGAGCUGUUGCAGAGAGAAACAGGCGCCUACAACCUCCGCAUCAACAUCAAUCCUCGACAGCUAGUAAAUGACCUGGCGGUUGAGGUGCAUAUAGAGGAGAAAGCGCCUCUGCGUCUGGUGGAGGUUCCCACACUGCGACAGAGCAACGAGGUCCUGGAGUCGCUGAACAAUGAUUCGGACCCCCUGGCGCGCAUCGAGCGGCCCACGCCGUCGUCUGCCAUCGUGCGCUGGUCGCCCACCAAGGAGGAGCAGCGGCAGCGGGGCAAAAAGGGCAUCUCCGGUCAGCUGGUGGUGCGCUACGACGUGGACCGCGACGCCAGCCCCAACCAGAUACUCGUGAGCGAGGACGGCUACUUCGUGCACUUCUACGCGCCUCCCGGCCUGCCGCCGCUGCCCAAACACGUCGUCUUCGUGCUCGAUGUCAGCGGUUCCAUGAUGGGCCGCAAGAUCGAGCAGCUCAAGGCGGCCAUGCACACCAUCCUGGACGAGCUCAACGCGGGUGACGUCUUCUCCCUGAUCCCGUUUUCUAAUGAAGUUCAGGUAUGGCAUCCAGAUGUGACGCUCACAUUUGAAGCUACGUCCCAGGAGAUUCUGGACCCCGUGUUCAACUCCAGCGCUAUCGUCGAAGCCACGAGUGAGAACAUCGCCAAGGCCAAAAGCUGCAUUAACUCCUUUGAAGCGAUUGGGGCCACGUACAUGUUCAACGCAUUGAAGACGGCGCUGCGAGUGUUGGAAGCGAGGUCGACGAGCGGGGACGGCAGCUCGGCGUCAGGCAGACUCCGGCACGCGCCCAUGCUGCUGCUGCUGACGGACGGCGUGCCGAAUGGCAGGGUGAGGAUCGGGGACAAUUUCGUGGACCGCAUCACCGAGUGCAACUCGAAGACCAAGGCCGCGAUCUUCACGCUGGCCUUCGGCGCCGGCGCCGACUACGGCUUCCUGCGCCGCCUCGCAGUGCGCAACAGCGGAGUCGGCCGCAGGAUCUACGAGGCCGCCGACGCCCACCUGCAGCUGCGAAACUUCUACCGCCAGAUCGCCUCGCCGCUGCUCACAGACGUCACGUUCAACUACGACGGCGAGCAGGUGGAUGAAGACGCACUGACGAAGGUGAAGUUCUCGGCGCUGUUCGACGGCGGGGAGUUAGUGGUGGCGGGCCGCCUGCCCCCUGGGGCCAGACGGCUGAUCUGUGUCGUGUUGAGCACGUCCCGUAACACGACGGACCGCGUACCAGAGCCAGCUGCCGUCAACGUGGCGUCAGCAGAGAGGCUGUGGGCCUACCUGACGGUGCGCCAGCUGCUGGACCAGGACGCCGCCACACCCAACGAAACUCUCCGCACCAGGGCCAAGGACAUCGCUCUCAGGUACUCCUUCGUGACACCUGUUACAUCACUGUUGGUAGUCAAGCCAAACGCUACGUCUGCAGUCAACCUCGAUGGAUCUGCUGCCCCACGACUAGCAUCAAUGCCUCUAGGGUUCCACCAUAUACGCGGACGUCACAGGAUGUCGUCAUCGAGAGUGAGACCAAGACCCGCAUGGCUGCGACCACCACGCAGGCGUAAUUCAACCAAGGAAGCCACAACAGUGCACAGUCCUCAGGCAGUUGAAGUCACAACAGAGGCACUCCCUACACUGGCUGAUAUAUCGUGGCUGGGCCCAUUGCGGAACGGAUCUCAGGUCACACUGAGUAUUAACGGCACCGACCAACACUUCCAGCUCGCUCUCAGCCAGAUGGAGGACAGCUUCCAGAACUGCACCACGGCGCCCGGCGGGUCUGGCGUUUGCCGACACCUGGCCGCCUGUGUUCUGCGCGACUUCAAGGAGAAGCUGGAUGUCUUCCUCUCCGGUUGGAUGUGCGUCGUCGCGGGAAGUUUCCUCGGCGUAUGUUGUCCUCACACCACUGCAGUUCCAUGACCAGUCUAUGGAAUAGCGGCCUGGCGAAAGAAAACAACCGCUCAUAUGGAAGGUGACAGCAAAUCUACAGUAGCUCCGCUGCUGCAGUAAGGAACGCCAGAGAAAGCUAUACAACUGUCGAAAGCCAGACACACGUAUGACGAUUGUGACGAGUUCAAACAAUGCAGCAUGCUCCACAACUGUACACUGUACUUGGCAACACUGCGUAAAAAUUAAAUACUCUCAUUAUCACGUGUAGUUCACAAUCGUUUUUACUGAUAAUAAAAUAUUAAUUCUCUCUACAGAGUA